AUGCCUGAGCUUCCCCGUACCCUGCCAGCCUCCUGGUAUUGCAGCAAACCACUGUAUCAGAUGGAGCGCCGGGCCGUCUUCUUCAAAGGGAGGGAGCUAAGAAGCCAUCUCACACCAACGGGACUAUUGUUCUCCACCAUCUCCGAAGAUGCACCUAGCUUCGAAGAGUUCUUUCCAGAACUGGAGGAAUUGUUAGGAAAAGUUGAUUUUGCCAAGCUUCCUUACCGACGAAGCAUUCGAUAUGAAGGUCGUUUCAACUGGAAAACCAUGGUUGAUGGAUAUCAAGAGUGCCUACACUGCCAGUACACUCACCCAUCGUUCUCGGUUUUCUACCCACCGACCUUUUACACCGUACGUAAUAAGCACAACUUCUCACAGCACAUUGCAGAUCCCAAGAAGCCCGAUGAUGGCUUGUUCCUCUACUUCUUCCCCAACUGUACCUUAAAUGUGUAUGGUGGGGGAAUGUCCAUGUUCAGGGUGUGCCCAACGCCCGACCCCAAUGUGACUCGAAUGGAAUUCGAUUAUUACCACCUCGAAGUCGGUGAUAAAUUUGAAGAAUACUACAAAUUCGUCCGUCAGGUGGCCAUGGAAGACUACGAACUCUGCGAGAAGGCCCAGGACAAUCUUGCCAAGGGUGUAUACCAUGAAGGAAUACUAAACCCGGAGAAGGAAAAUGGAGUUUCGCACUACCAGCAACGGGUGUUCCAUAUGGUUUGCGAGCAGCAUGAAUCCGACAGGAAGGCUAAGACGACCGCAGAAAGCGAGAACGGGGAGAAGGGCACAUCAAUCAUGGUAGAGAUGGCGGCCUAG